GCAGCAGGGUGCAGUUUGCAAGGAAACUGUGACAUUACCAUGUGACGGAGGUUACAAUGACUGUCGGGUUGACAUGAGCAUAAAAUAGGUGUCCACGUAACGUGUUCUCCCAUUUGGAUUACACAGACGUUGGCGAGGCUUGUGUGGGAACGUUGUUCCUAACACGCACGUUUGGACUAUUAAUGCUAAUUCAGUUACCCUGCUACUUAAAGCGUCGACCGGAUUGUGGGAGUUGAUUUCUGUGUUGCACCGCAGCAAACCGUUACUUCAUUCCGGUAUUUUAGGGAUAUUCUCAGUGUGUCAAUGAAGGAUCACGUUCUAGUGUUGGUGGUGGCUGUGCUGGCUCUGCUGGGGCUGGACACGGUUCGGGCAUUCUACUUUAGUCAGAACGAACAAGGUCAGAUGAAUCAGGGUCAAAUGGGUCAAGGUCAGUUUGGUCAGAAUCAGAACGGUCAAGGUCAGUUUGGUCAGGAUCAGAACGGUCAAGGUCAGUUUGGUCAGGAUCAGAACGGUCAAGGUCAGUUUGGUCAGGAUCAGAACGGUCAAGGUCAGUUUGGACAGGACCAGAACGGUCAGGGUCAGGGGGGACAGGGUUGGAUAGACCAAGGUCAGUUUGGACAGGAUCAGAACGGUCAGGGUCAGGGUGGGAGGGGUCAAGGACAGUUCGUACAGGACCAGGACAGUCAAGGUCAGGGUAGAACGGGUCAAGGUUAUUUUGGACAGGAUCAGAACGGUCAAGGUCAGAGGGGACAGGGUGGGACCGACCGAGGUCAAUCAGGACCAAACCAAAAUCAGAAUUAUCAAAACUUUUUUAACCAGUAUCAGAAUAGGGAGGUCGUAGAUCUUGGCCAGAUAGGACAAACCGUCAAUCUUGAUCAGAUCAGUCAGCAACUGAGUGGACAGGGCCUGGAUCUUGGACAGCUAACGCAGAGCCUCAAUGGUCAGAAUGGAAAUAUCCAAAAUGGCCGUUACGUCAACACUCAAAUCGUCAGAGGAGAAUUAACACAAAUCCCCGGAACCAACGCUUUUGCCAUAAUUGUAAACAACCCAGGGAUGAAUGUGAUGAUCCAGAACAUGGCCAUCACUGCAGUGACCACCAUCCAGAAGUGGGAUAUGAUGUUCUUCCUGGCAGGUGUUGACACAAUGGAAUCGUCAUCAACUACAGCGAUGAAAGCGAUGUUCACGCCGAGUAAGGAGAAGGCGGUUCAGAUUGGAAAGGAGGGGAGAGUCAAGAAUGUUCUCAUGAAUCAACUUAUUGAUGUGCUCAAUGUUACCAAGAUUGCGAUGGCGAGUGUCAUGGACUCCCUGCUAGGACAACUAGGGGUCGCGGUGAAGGGACUGGAAACAGAUGAUGACAACUGUGACCAGUUCAUCAACAUCGACUGUGAUUCCUCCUCUCCGUAUCGGACCAUGGACGGCAGCUGUAACAACCUCAGGAAGCCGCUGUGGGGUAGAGCCUUUAUUCCCUUCAGGAGGUUCCUGGAGCCGGCUUACGACGAUGGUGUGUCAUCUCCGAGGCAAACUGCUGAGAGUGGUAACCCGCUGGCGAGUGCAAGAGAAGUGAGUUUCACGGUCCACGAAUCUGAUGAGAAAAUUGGUGUCCAGAAUGCAGCGUCGCACUUGUUGAUGCAGUGGGGACAGUUUCUUGAUCACGACAUCACCAGCACCCCCAUACAGUCAGGUGUCGAUGGGUCCCAUGUCAGAUGUUGUACAGAGGACCUCAGUGAAGAAAGCAGGGCCAAGAUCAACAUGAAUCCUGAAGACAGAGAUAUCUGCUUCCCCAUCACCAUCCCGGAGAAUGACCCUAUGUUCAAGGCCAGGACAUGUAUGAGUUUUGUCAGGUCAAUCCAGGUGUCCAACACCGAGUGUAAACUAGCUCCAGCAGAACAAUUAAACCAGAUUACAGCUUACAUCGACGGCUCUAUGAUCUACGGCUCUUCCUUGGCUGAAAUGAGGAUUUUAAGAGCCUUUGAUCGAGGCCUGCUAAAGACGUCACCCAAUGACCUACUACCAGAAGACACAGAACCAAGUUGUCGUAAAACCAGUGAGAAGGAUUACUGCUUCAAGGCUGGUGACACCCGCGUUAACGAACAGAUGGCCUUGGCGACCCUCCACACAAUCUGGGUCAGGGAACACAACCGGAUGGCGAAGGAACUCAGCAGCAUCAACCCUUCCUGGGAUGACGAGAGGCUGUUCCAGGAAACCAGGAAGAUCGUGGGCGCCAAAAUACAGCACAUAACCUAUAAAGAGUUCCUCAGGAAAAUUCUCAACGGCCCCGUUCUUAAUCAGUUCGACAUCAACCCCAAACUUGUUGGCUUCCAAGACAAGUACAAUCCCAAUGUAGAUGCCAGUAUAAGGAAUGCAUUUGCUACUUCCGCUUACAGGUUCGGACACACCUUGGUGAGGACAAUGUUUUCCAAGAUGAAUCAGCGCUAUCAAGGACAUGAGGAUAUGAUGCUCAGUCGGAGUUUCGGCAACACCUCCCAGAUCAUAGAGGACAAUGGUGAUGGCGUUAACAAAAUAGUCCGUGGUCUUGUCACAGAUAACCUCAAUAAGUUUGACCGUUACAUGAGUCCGCAGCUAACUCAGCAUCUGUUUGAAGAUGGCGUUGGCCAUAAACUUGACCUCGCGGCACUCAACAUCCAGAGAGGCCGCGACCACGGGUUGCCUAGCUACAAUCAAUGGCGGAGGUGGUGUCAACUUCCGGUGGCUGGUAGUUUCAGCAGCGGCCGGGGUGGACUUGUGGAUCUUCCUGAAGAUGCUAUAGACAAGCUGAGAAGUGUUUACGAACACCCUGAUGACAUUGACCUGUUUGCUGGAGGCAUGUCUGAGAAUCCCAUCAGAGGGGGGAUAGUUGGUCCCACAUUCUCCUGCAUCCUGUCUCAUCAAUUCAAGGCUCUCAGGGUCGGCGACAGAUUCUUUUAUGAUCGGGAUGAUAAAACGACGGGUUUUACAAAAGAUCAAGUUAACGCCAUCAAGGUGACCACCAUUGCGAAGGUUCUGUGUGACAACACGGACAUAGAGUCAAUACAACCAGACGCAUUCUUUGUUGUCAGGAACAAGAAUCAGCGGGUGAGCUGCGAUCAGCUGACCCAGGCCCCGCUCGUUGCGUGGGCUGAGGACCCUGUUGUGAGGAGGCAGGGGUCUCAAGUAUGGAGAAUCAGCGACAAACUUGCUGUUACGAAGACGAGCGACAACUUCGACUGUUCAAAGAGCAUUUAUAGAUUGUUUUCGAAGUACCUUUGUGAAAAGUAACAUCGUACGACCAAGUGAAAACCAUGAUCUUGUGUUUUGAGGCAUUUUCAAAAUCGUCAUUGUAAUAAACGUGGAUUUCGGAGAAA